GGUGCUUAUGCUUGUAUAGCACAAGUGAGCGAGUGCUAUAAAAAUCUGUUCCGUACUGCCUGCUCAAGCUAAACAUAGCUCAAUCUCGUAAGAAAAAUCACGAUGAAGUUUUAUUCUGUGGGUAAGCUAGUCCAGGUACUGCUGGUAAUGGUCGUGUGCUGCAUGCUGCUCUGCACCGCUCCAACAGGUGCUGAUCCACUUCCGGGCAGAGACCGACAUACCAUCGCAAACAAAUCAAAAGACAAAAAGGCGAGCGCACCGAGACACUCGCUUGGCACGGGUGCUAGGAUGGCACUGACUGGUGGCGGUGUUCUUGGCGGUGUUUUAACUAACAUGUAAAAUUCACCUCGCAGGAAGAGAGUGUGCGUUGAGAGGGAAAGCUAGGAAAGCAAACAAAUUGGUUUAGCAUGCAGUCUGCUAAAAAAUCUGCGAUUUUUAUCUUGAAUUAUCUUUUCAUCAAUCGGCGAUUUCACUAGAACUUUUUCUUAUUGAUUGGGAAGAAUGCGCCAUUGAGGUACACAAUACCUAAAGUUUUUUUUUUAAAUUUUAAAUAUAUUUGAAAAUACGGAAAAAGUAUCCAAAAGAGCGAGCAAUAAAUCAGAAAGUAAAAGUCAAAUAAAUAGUACAGUCUUUCAAUAAA